AUGGCGCAAGUCCCGGAGCAGACGCUCACUUGGCUAUACAGUCGACUUCAUGACUAUCAUGACCCACAGCGCGCAUAUACCGAUAUCGCACGAACGCUCUCAGUACAUACCUCACUUCUACCGCGCACCGAUGCAUAUACGUAUGAGAGCGGUGCGCCUGCACUGCUUCUCAACCUCGAUGGCACCAUCCCAGCCAACUUCCGAGGAACGACAUAUCGCUUCCCCAUAAAGCUUUGGGUUCCUCAAGCGUACCCACAGGAACCCCCAAUGGUCUAUGUGCAUCCAAGCAAGGAAAUGCUCAUUCGACCAGGUCAGCAUGUAGGAAUAGAUGGAAGGAUAUACCACCCCUACCUGAGGGAUUGGGCGAGCGCAUGGGAUCGCGCCAACAUAGUCUCCUUCCUGGAGAUACUGCAACAGGUAUUUGCUAAAGAGACACCGGUCAUCAGUCGCGCACAACAACAGCAGCUACAGAGGCCAAUUGGACAAAAUUCGCAUCUCACGAAUACUGUUGAGGGUCCUCCACGGCUGCCACCAAAACCCAAUGCCAAGGCUGCUUCAGGUGCCGUAGCAAGCACUGCAACGCCUCCUCCUAGACCACCGAAACCUGGAGAAGAGUAUACUGAGCCAAGUAGAGAUCCGGAGAUUCAUGGGCCGCCAUUGCCGCCGCGACCACCGCAGGCGCGUCAAAGUCCAUCAGCGCAAUCACAGUAUGGGCAUAACCAGCAGUCUCCGCAACCAGUGCCCUAUCGAUCAGCAAGCGGCUACACGCCUGGUCCAGUUCCUGGGCGGCCGUAUGGAGCGCCUGUGGCGUCUCCGCCGAUGCAAAUACAACCUCCAGUGGCAAGUGCGCACCCUCAAGUCGACUUGCUCUCCUCGCCACUUGACAGCGUCGAUCCUUUGAAUGUGUCAUUGUCCCAGCACAUUGCUGUUGAGGCGCCUCCAAUCCCACCAAAUCCCGAAAAGGAGCACCUUCAACACGCACUUCGUCAAACCCUAAACCAGCAAAUCCAAGGCAAAGUGUCAAACAAUCUCAACGCUAUAGGCCCUCUCUCUGCACAAAAUGUCGCUUUGCGGAACGCCGCUGCCAACCUGGCCGCAGAAAUUCGUCAGCUUGAGCAAUUCGCCGCGACCCUAUCGACUAACGAAGACAUUCUUCGUCGCAGCAUGCAAGACGCCAUAGCCAACGGCAAUUCUUCAGGUGAUUCUGUACCACCAGCGAUCGAUGAUCUGCUCAUCAACCCAACUCUUGUCGCUGGACAACUGUGGCGGCUCUGUGCCGAGGAAGCUGCAGCUCGCGAGGCCAUGUACGUUCUACAGCGGGGACUUGGUAGAGGCAGGGUCAGCGGGCCGGAAUUCAUCAGGUUGAUGCGUGGACUGGCACGCGAAUGCUUUUUCAAGAUGGCUCUCGCUCGGAAGUGUGCUCGUGGAAUGGGCCUCGAUGUGGCGGAAGGGAGAACUAUGCACUGA